CUGAAAAAAGACCAGGGCUUGUAAACCACAAGCCAUGGCUGGAGUGAUGUGCGCAUGCAGUGCUCUACCACACAGUCCCUGUACAGAGAAGCCUUCGUUCUUUGAAGCUCUCCCUGAAGUGCUUAAGACCGCUCUCAUCCACGAUGGCCUCACCUGUGGUAUCUGCGAGCCUGCUAAGGCCCUGGACAAGCGUCGAGCCCAUCUCUGCGCCCUUGCAGGCACCUGCGAUGAGCCCACCUAUGUCAAGCUGGUGGAGGCCCUCUGUGCUGAGCAUCACAUCAACCUGAUUAAGGUUGAUAACGAGAAUCUUGGCAAAUGGGUCGGUCUGUGCAAGAUCGACCGUGAGGGUAAACCCCGCAAGGUUUGGGUUGCAGCUGUGUCGUUGUCGGUGUAAAUGAUCUGUUGCAGGGUUUUCAAAGUGCCUUUAAACAUUUUGUUGAAACAGAUUUCUGUUGAGACUAGAUCUGCCGGUCAAGUGCAGUUGCUGUGCCUCGUGCCCUGCAGCUGCUGUUGAUAAUUCUUGGCUAGAUGACAGCCAGGCUUACGAGCCCCGUCAUCUACAUGUGGUGUCUGGGGUACCUUAGAAUGGCUACAAAUAGUAACACAUGACAGCAAGCACCAUGAUUAAAGGUAUUACUGUAA